GUGUGUGUCUGUUCUCCGUGACUCUGUUCAAAUGUUGGAUCAUCACGCUCAUCUUUGCGGUUCAGUUUUUCUCUCUUUCUGUAAUUAUAGACCACAAAUCCGGCAUAUGAUGAUUACAGGACCUUUAUGAUUUCACGCUAAAACAGGUUACAUGAAUAUAGAGGAAUAUUUUGAAGAAGAUGAAGAACCACCUUUACUGCUCAGCUCCUGUCUGUCUGAUCCUGCUGGAGUUAUGGGGGACAUUAGCGACGCAGUGCCGGUGGGAGGACGGCUGUGUGUGUCCGCUCUGUCCAGCCGGGCACGAGCCCACGGCCUGCGGGGAACCUGAGGGUACCGGUGAGAUCGGGUUGUGCCGGAUCUGCCCAGCGGGAACCUUCUCUGACAGUCGGGACACUGAGCCUUGCCGUCCUCAAACCUCCUGCGGGACUCUCAACCGCUGGAUCUCCACCAAACCAACCUCAACCUCUGACGCCGUGUGUGGAGGAUGCCUUCCCGGGUUUCACCCUGCUGCUACAAGGAGGUCCUCCACCCUCCACACCUGCGUCAGGAAGCAGCACAGCCGGCGGAGACGAAACGUUGUUAAGAGCACCUCCAUCCGGGCUGGAGCUGGAUCUGGAAACACCACCAGCGUUCAGGCUCCGGAGGAGAAAACCACAGAGUACGCAGUGUUUGCUCUGGUGCCUGUUUUCUGCGUGAUGGGGCUGCUGGGAAUCCUCAUCUGCAACCUGCUCAAGAAGAAAGGCUACCGAUGCAGCGCUGAGAAAGACGGCGUAGAUGCAGAAGCUGCCACUCCACAGAAAGAAGGAAACCCUUGUCCAUACAUUGUUGAUGACCCCAAUGAAGACACUAUCAGCAUUCUAGUGCGGCUCAUAACAGAAAAGAAAGAAAAUGCAGCUGCUCUGGAAGAGCUUCUGCAGGAAUAUGAGGACAAACAGAUGGCCCUUAACAAGAGCUCAUCCAUCAAGUUUCCAGGUCUUCCUCAUUUCUCUCAGUUUCGUUCCCUGCCACGGCUGUGUACACACCAGCAUCAUUUGCACACUAUAAACGGUCUGGCCUCACGCUCCGGCAUCUGCUGUUCCCGCUGCAGUCAGAAGAAGUGGCCCGAGCUGCUGCUGCCGGCGCUGGCGCUGCCCACCGAUACACACAAGAGCCCCAUUAACAUGGUCAAAGCGCCCGAGGUCACCAUACUGUCUGUGGGAAGGUUCCAGGUCGCUCAGAUCCCAGAAAUGAAGUCAUCUUCAAAGGAAGCACCUCAGCCGGAAUCGAGUGACACCGACUCUAUGGACAGCAGUCAGACGGAGCCGGCGGAGGAGCGAUCGCUGCUGGGCGUGUCCUCAUCCUCUCACUCCGCCUCCGCAAAGAUGAACUUUUGAAUGGUUUAUCAGAGCACAUCCACUGACAGGACGGACCUUCGUGCGGAUGACAUCAUCAGAAGGCGACCAAUCAGGCCAGAGAUGUGACGUGAUGUCAGUAUUCAAGACCUCGAGGAGCUUUGAACUCGUAUUUAUUGCUUAAGUCAUCGAACUAUUUUAUUAAAGAAGGAUAAGCAGACAGCAUGUGUGCUUCCACAAGACACUACAAAGAGGUUCAGUGCCCUCUACUGCUGAUCGAUACACUGCACAAUCAAAAACAGCACUCAGAACAAGCGACUGCGUCCCAAAUCACACUUUCCACACUAGAUAGUGAGCGAAAAAACAGUAGGUGACCGGAGGAGUGUAUUUGAGUUUACAGUAUGAGUAUACUAAAGGCUGGUGAGAUAAUAUUAAAAUAAGGACCUACUCAAGAAAGUCUGCAAUUUUGGACACCGCCAUUCUCUCCAUUUAGAAAAUAUUAAGAAGUAUUAUUGCAAACUAGUUUGAUUUACAUCUCUUACAUUUUAUUAUUAUUAUUAUUAUUUUUAUUGUAGUUUUGUGUUUUAGUAUUUAAAGUUUUCAAUGAGUUGAAUAUGUACAGUCAUCCUCAAACGUUUGCACCUUGUUUUAUUAUGAAUAAUGAAUAAAAGAAAACAUGCAAAAA